UGGAUCUCAAAGAGCCAAACGAAGGUCUAAAUAUCAAUUCCAAAAAAAAUCAAACAGCAUCAGCUUGACAUUUGAGCACGAAUCAUGACAGCAUCCCGAUUCAUGAUCAGCUAUUCAGCACAUUUUGUAAACAAAGUCGACCAAAAAAAAAGCAUAACAAAGCAAUGGAAGAAAGCUUACGUUUGCAGGUGGCUGAAUUGCGGCAGAAAAUCGUGGAGUCUAGCAAAAUUGUGCAGCUCUACAAAACGCUCAUCGAUGCGUACAUUGUGGAUUUUUUCCAUCUGAAGCACUGGAACAAUUUACCUCCCAGUUGGAAACGCUGUUUCGACACGGUCCCCAUCCAACAGCUUCCGGAACUUCUUUCCUUUGAAAGUAGGAACAAUGAAUCAAAUGUGUGGCCUUUGUCAGUGUUAGCCUUACGCUCGCUUUUUCGUCGUCUGGUACACACCAGAACCAAACCGGCCGAGAACCCUCAAAAGCCACCGCGAAGCUGCGUGUAUCACAAACAGUCUGGUUUGUUUCAAAAAUCGGUAAAAUUGAAAAAGCGGCAUGAAAUCGAACAAUUCGCUGGCGACUGUUUGCGUGAGCCAGCCGAAAGGUUCGGUCGCACGCUGGUCGACAUCGGUUCAGGACAGGGGAAUCUGGCCCGUACUCUUGCCUACGGAUACGGGUUUCGGGUGUGUUGCCUUGAGCAGAAUGAAUCGUUCGUCCAAGUGGCAAGGGAAAAGGACGCCGAGCUUUGGCGCCGGUUGACUAAGCUGGAACCAGCAUUAAUUGGCUCCACGAUACAUCCGGUUCAUCUGCAGGAGAAAGUUAAUCUCGAUCACAUUGACCCUGUAGGCUUCGUGCAACUCCUACGAGUUGCGCUUAACGUCGAAAAGGAACAAACCGAUGGCUUCAGGUUCGGACUAAUCGGUCUCCAUCCGUGCGGUGAUUUAGCUCCAUCACUGCUCCGACUAUUUCUUGCCUGCCCGGAGUGUCGGUUCGUGAAGCUCGUUUGCUGUUGCUACAUGAAGCUUUCCUGCGACAACUCAACACCGAACGCUGCGGCCAAUGAAUAUGGAUUCCCGCUUAGUGAGUUCUGUCGCACGUCCAAGCUCAGCUUAAGCUACGAAGCUCGCGAAAUUGCUUGCCACGCGAUUGAGCAGUAUCGAGACAAGUUGAAAAGCGACUAUGGAGAGCUGAAAGUACACGCGUAUCGAGCUGCCAUCGAGAGCAUUAUUGUUCGCCUGCGACCUGACUUGAAACAUUCCGGACUAAAAGGCGGCAUAAAGGCAACGGAGGCGAGCUUCGACGAAUACUGCCAACGAGCGGUAGACGGAGGGAUCAUUAUACCACGGGAAGAGAUACAAUCAGAAGAGACGCAACAGAACCUUGCUCGAUGGGAAGAGGUUGUAAAGUUUUAUACACUAAGACUGAUGUUUGCACCGCUCAUUGAAACGAUCGUGCUGUACGACCGUCUGCUGUUUCUACUCGAUAAAGGUGCUGAUACCCGCAUCGAUGUCCUAUUCGAUCCAUAUCUUUCCCCACGGAAUCAUGUCAUCACGGCGUAUAAAUAACACGGAACGUACGACCUUUACCGCAUUAGCCUGCCGAGCCAGCCUACCGAGGCCCGUCGUCCAUUUGUUACAUUUAAAUAAACAACUGUUAGCUAAUAUUAAAUACCCUGGAAUUAGGAAGCUGCAAAGCAAAGCGCCAAAGCUGCUUUUCUACACGGUUAA